AUGGAUAAACUCCCCUGUUUUGGCGACUCCAGCAAGCAUGAGACGGAGGUCACACUGUGCAAUUUAGUUUUAAUGGGUGCCAACAGCGUGGGAAAGACUAUAUUGCGGCACCAGUUUUUAACAGGGACGUUCCGCCAAGAGUACGUCCCGACCACAUUAGAGACGUUUGUGCAAUGCGAGGUCAUAGAUGGGAAGAUGUAUCAAAUACAUUUAUGUGAUUCCUCUGGUAGUAGUGAGUUUAGUAAUCACCGUGCGCCAUACAUUACGGAAGCUCAUGGCCUAAUUUUUGUUUACUCCACUACCGACAUGGACUCGCUCUUGUACCUUCUCGAGUGUGCAAGAGAGAGUUGUUACGUCCGACAGCAGCAUGGCGUGAAGCGGCGCAUUCUGCCUCUUCUUGUGGGCACCAAAACAGAUGAUACAGAGCAUCAUGCCGUGACAAUGCAGGAUGCAGAGCGCAUAGCGAAAGAGUGUUUGCUAACAUUGGGUGUGAAGCUUCCAAAGGGGAGUAAUAAGGGCGAAAACGGCGGUAGUGCAGGCACUGUAGGGGGUCGCUCACAACUACCCGUGUUGGAAAUAUCAUGUACACAGUGCUGCGAGGUGUUUCGAGCAAUGCGCGUUAUGAUUCGUAUGGCGUGUUACUUUCGAACAUCGUCAUUUUGGUCCGGAGUUCAGUUGGCAUGCCCAAACGUAGAGCCACGCCGACUUGUCUUAGAGGAGGUGAACGUGGCCACUCAACUGGAAAAGGUUGCUAGUGAUGCUUCUCUGCACCGCUGCUUCACACCGGUGACGGCGGUUAGUCUUCGGGAAGUUCCUCACAACUCCUUGUCACUUCUGUUGCCGUGUGACACGGAUGCAACUGCGUCGUACACUCCGAAGAGUGUUGGAGUCACACAAAGCGUGUUUUCAAGUGGUGCUGACGAGGAAGAGACGGUACAGAAAAAAUACAUGCAACAGUCAGUUGAUAGUGCGGUGAUUGUUCGCCUACCGCCGUGGAUUCUUGCGGAUGGGCCCGUCAAUGUACUCGCCGGCGGUAACGCACCAGUGACAUUGUUUGCGUCAGAAGAAGUGUCGGAAAAACGGGCGCUCAAGGUGGACCCAAGCCACCGGCAAUGCCCCAUCUGCCAAAUUAUGUAA